AUGGGAAAAGACUUUUCUGUUCAUGAAUUUAUUGAUGUAUCCCCUCCCAAAAAGUUCAAACUUUUCGGUUUCGAGCUUAAUCCACAUGAAAAUCCAUCUGCAGAAAGGGAUGAAAGUGUAAAUUCAUCGUCGUCUUCCUCUACUGUGACGAAUCAAAAACAUGUUUUGGAUGAGAAAAAUUUAGCAGAUGACAAAAAAUUCAGGUGCCAAUUUUGUUAUAAGGAAUUUGCAAAUUCACAAGCAUUAGGAGGCCAUCAAAAUGCCCACAAAAAGGAGAGAAUGAGAAAAAAAAGGCUGCAGCUUCAAGCAAGAAAAGCCAGUAUUAGUUAUUUCACUCAACCUUUUCAAAAUAGCCAUUAUUUCAAUUUCCAUCGCUCGGGAUUUGCGCUCCACGAGGGUUCGCAUAUAAACUUCCGCCCCUACGAUUACAGUGUGGAGGCUGAUAUCAACAGCCACGAAAUUUCCAUGUGCGCGGCAGCUGUGGCCCUGCCGGCACAAGAUACAUGCUCCAGGUUCACUCUUACACAAGCAGACAGAUCAAGAACCACCAGGCUUGUCAGCAACCCUUCUAAUUUGCCUAGUUCUAAGCAGAAAUUCAAAUGUUUAGAUCUCCAAUUACGUUAA